CCUAGGCUGGAAAUGGCAGCGCAAGAGGGAGGUGAUGGGCUGGAGCUAGAGGAGCUCAGCGGAGCCCAGGUUAUAGCAGAGGCACUGAGACAACAGAUUUCUGCAAUAUCCGCUGAAUUUUGCUUCUGAACAACUCAAAGACGAAACACAAUAAACCUUCAGUAUAUGUUUGGGAUUGUUGGAAUCCCAGUAAUAGAAGUAGCCAUGGCAGCUCAAGCUGCUGGAAUUAAGUACAUAGGAAUGAGAAACGAGCAAGCUGCUUGUUAUGCAGCAUCUGCAGUGGGAUAUUUAACAGGAAGGCCUGGUGUUUGCCUUGCAGUCUCUGGCCCAGGUCUUAUUCACGCACUGGGAGGAAUGGCAAAUGCAAACAUGAACUGCUGGCCUGUAAUUGUCCUAGCAGGAUCCUCUGACCGAAAUCAGGAAACAAUGGGUGCAUUUCAGGAAUUUCCACAGGUUGAAGCAUGUCGGCUUUACAGCAAAUUCUCAGCUAGACCAAACAGCUUGGAAGCUAUACCUGCCAUAAUAGAAAAGGCAGUUAGAAGUAGUAUCUAUGGCCGCCCAGGAGCUUGUUAUGUUGACAUUCCUGGGGACAUGGUGACGUCAAAAAUCCAGAGUGCAUCACUGAGAACUGUUCCUUGUUGUCUCCGUGCCCCAGUAGCCAUGGCAGAGCCUCAAGCAGUGAAAGAAGCAGCUUUGAUCAUUAAAAAUGCCAAGCGGCCCCUUGUUAUUGUUGGCAAAGGUGCAGCCUAUUCUCGUGCUGAAGAUAAUAUCAGAAAGCUCGUAAACAUGUGUGGAUUACCAUUUCUGCCUACUCCAAUGGGGAAAGGUGUGGUGCCUGACAACCAUCUCAACUGUGUUUCUGCAGCCAGGUCCAGAGCCUUGCAAAAUGCGGAUGUGAUUCUGAUACUGGGAGCCAGAUUAAACUGGAUUUUGCAUUUCGGGCAUCCACCAAGGUUUCAUCCUGAUGUGAAAAUAAUACAGGUCGACCUAUGUGCUGAAGAACUAGGAAAUAAUGUGAAGCCUGUUGCUGCCUUGCUAGGCGAUGUGAAUGUUGUUGUAGAUCAGUUAUUGGAGUGCUUCAGGAUUAACCCUUGGAUUUACCCAUCCAACACCGAAUGGUGGCUUUACCUGAAGGAGAAGGUCAAAGACAAUGAAGAAGCAUCCAAGGUUUUGGCUGCACAGAAAUCUUUGCCUAUGAACUACUACACUGUUUUCCAUAAUAUUCAAGCACUACUACCACAAGAUUGUAUUAUAGUCAGCGAGGGUGCCAAUACCAUGGACAUUGGCCGGACCGUGCUGCAAAACAACAUGCCUCGGCAUAGAUUGGAUGCUGGCACCUUUGGCACCAUGGGUGUAGGGCUGGGUUUCGCUAUUGCUGCAGCACUGAUUGCCAAGGAUCAGAACCCACAUCAGCAGGUUAUCUGUAUUGAAGGAGACAGUGCCUUUGGAUUUUCUGGCAUGGAAGUGGAGACCAUGUGCAGGUACAGUUUGCCAAUAGUGGUCAUUGUAGUAAACAAUAAUGGAAUUUACAGUGGACUGGAUGAGGAUACUUGGAAAGAGAUGUCAAAAUUGGGAGAGACUGCAAUUGUAGCUCCACCCAUCUCUCUGUUGCCCAAUGCUCACUAUGAGCAGGUCAUGUCUGCAUUUGGUGGAAAAGGCUAUUUUGUACAGACACCACAGGAGCUGCAAAAUGCACUUGCUGCAUGUUUGGCAGACCGGAAAAUGCCAUCACUUAUUAAUGUGAUGAUUGAUCCAUCAUCUGACAGAAAAAAGCAAGAUUUCACUUGGCUGACUCGUUCCAAUAUGUGAAAUGAAUAAUCGGCAAAACCAAAGCAAAGUAAACCAGGCUGAGCUAACUGGAACACUUGCAGGCUCUCACUAACACAAUUAAGCAGAAUUUUGUAAAAAGAAUCUAAUUCAUAGUUUUGGCGAGUUUGGAUACUUGUAUUCGAAGUCAUUUUUGAGUUUAUUGUUGAUUGCAAAUUAGCUAAACUAGAGUUUGACCACUGAAGUAAAUUAACUUUUUAAUACUGCUAAGAGUAUGAUCUAAAAUGCUCCUAAAGCAAUCAAGUUGGCUAUAAUCUUUUGUCUUGCCAAAAAAAAGAAAGUUUAGUAAACUGAACAGUAGCUCUUAUUCCAAGAUCAAUGAUCAGUAUAUGAACAAUGAGUAAAUAGCACAGAUAAUACUAGCCUACUGUUGAAUCAUUUAAAUAACUGUAAAUUACCACUAUCACUGCCAUAACUACAACCAGAAUGAACAUGUACAAUAUCUACAGAGAUUAACUGUACCUACCAGUAUAAUGAUUUUUGUACUUUUUUCUCUUAACCUCUAUUAUAAAAUGAAAGAUAAGCCUCUGUUUACAUAAUAUCCCAGCAUAAUUUAGUUGGGAAAUUGUAUUUCAUUGAAAUAAAAACAUAAAUGAUUUUCAGUA